GAGGAAAAAAUACAGGGGCUAGUAACGAAGGAAAUGAUCUGGGGUCACCCCUAUUGGUCACUGCUGCGGUCACAUGGUUGGGACAUCUUUAAAAGGGAGUUAUUUGGACUCAAGAGGAUCACAGCACCUUCCCCUCCUGCGGCCUCUGUCUCACCUGGAAGAGAGAUCUCCAAAGUCCACAGAAUGUGCGAUGCCUUUGUGGGAACCUGGAAGCUGGUCUCCAGCGAAAACUUCGACGAUUACAUGAAAGAAGUGGGUGUGGGCUUUGCCACCAGGAAAGUGGCCGGCAUGGCCAAGCCCAACAUGAUCAUCAGCGUCAAUGGAGAUGUGAUCACCAUCCGGUCAGAGAGCACUUUCAAAAACACCGAGAUUUCCUUCAAACUGGGCCAGGAAUUUGAAGAAAUCACCGCAGAUGACAGGAAAGUGAAGAGCCUCAUCACCCUAGAAAACGGGGCCCUGGUGCAGGUGCAGAAAUGGGAUGGGAAGUCCACCACCAUAAAGAGGAAGCGAGAGGACGACAAGCUUGUGGUGGAAUGCGUCAUGAAAGGCGUCACUUCUACCAGAACUUAUGAAAGGGCGUGAGCCAAGGGGAGUGGCCCUGGACUGAAAUUUGCAUCGAGCUCUACAAUACUUGGUUGGAUGCAUUGUUUUUAAAAAGAUGAUUUCCCACUAAUUAGCAAGCAACUAAUUUUCCCAGAAGCUAAAUGUUAUUGAAUAUGGUUGUGUUGAUUAAAUAAAACCUUUUUAGAUUUAGAAA